CAAUCCCUCUGCUCACAUCAAACUUCCCUCUCAUCCUUUGAAAUUGGAGUCCUUAGCUAUGGGAAAAAAGCUACUAACAUCUGUUCUCGUAGGACUACUAGUUGCUUCCGCUAUAACCCAAACCGUGUUGGCUCAAAACUGUGGCUGUGCGCCAAACUUGUGUUGCAGUCAACAUGGUUAUUGCGGUCAGGGUAACGAUUACUGUGGCACUGGUUGCAAAGAAGGCCCUUGUUUCUCCAAGUCUCCCACUGGUGCUUCAGUUGCCUCCAUUGUUUCACCUCAGUUCUUCAACGGGAUAAUCAACCAAGCUCGUGCAGAUUGUGCGGGCAAGAAAUUCUAUACACGACAAGCUUUCCUGACUGCACUUGAUUCCUUUCCCGAUUUCGGAAAAUUGGGUUCUGAUGUUGAAUCCAAGCGUGAGAUUGCUGCAUUCUUCGCCCAUGCCACCCAUGAGACUGAAUUCUUUUGCUAUAAAGAAGAGCAGGAUAAAAGUAAUAGCUACUGUGAAGCCAAUCCAAAGUUCCCAUGUGCACCAGGGAAGUCCUACCAUGGUCGAGGACCGCUUCAGCUUACAGGGAAUACUAACUACGGGAACGCAGGGAAUGCUUUGAAGCUGGACUUAUUGAAAAAUCCUGAAAUGGUGGCCAAUAAUCCUGUUGUCUCAUUUAAGGGUUCAUUAUGGUACUGGAUGGCCGCUGUCCGCCCCGUCAUCGGCCAAGGGUUCGGAGCAACCAUCAAAGCCAUCAAUGGCAGGCUUGAAUGUGGUGUUCCAGCUGCACAAGACAAAGUUCAGCGUCGAAUUCGGUUUUACACCGAUUAUUGUAAACAAUUGGGGGUUGAUCCUGGACCCAAGCUGUCUUGUUAGAGUUUUAGCGAUAUUUUCAGCUGUUUUUGUAGCAGUAUAAUAUGAACAAUUAGGGGCUUGAAGGCUACUGAUGCUGUUGAGUAGCUUUUGAUUUUCCCAGAAUAAGUUUACUGUAGGGUUCCUUUUAAGAGACCUGCUAUAGAAUAAAAUAAAGGGAAAUUUAUGUUAUUUUAUA